AUGCGGACUUCCACCCUUGCUGGCCUGUUCGGGCUCCUCUCCUUCGCCGAUGCUGCCAGGUACGGUUACAACCAUGUUGCUGUUCGCCAGGACUCCGAUAUUGUAGCUGCAAACUUCAAGGAUAUCGAUAUUUCUCUCCACUCGCCCGCCUUUCUCAACCCCGGGAGUCGUCUCGAAGGGUUCUCAAGGGGUACUGAGGGCCCAACUUCCCACGAGGCCAUGGAGGUCUUUAUGGAAGAAAUCGCAGGCCGUAACAGCUACAUGACUCACAACACAGCCAACUUCACCUCCGAAGAGCUGCGCUCAUUCCCCUACGUUCACCUCGCCGGCACAGGCAACUCUACCUGCCGCCGUCGUAGUGCUGCUGAGAAGGUUCGCAUUUGGGUUCAGGGCGCAGCCCAUGGGAAUGAACCAGCUGGAGAUGAGGCUCUUCUUGCUCUCCUUGGCAAAUUCGAUAACGACCCCGAAUGGGCCGCAGGCAUACUCGAGAAGGUUGAUAUCGUCAUCCUCCCGCGAUACAACCCCGACGGAGUCUAUUAUUUCCAACGCGCUCUCGCAACAAAUUUCGAUCCUAACCGUGACCAUAUCAAACAAAACCGUCAGCAGACGCGCAAUAUUAAAGCCUUGCUGGCUGAAUACAACCCACACGUCAUCAUUGAUAUGCACGAGUAUGGAGCUACCACUCAGUACGGCCGGUACUAUCACGGAUCUGACGGCCUUUUCUCCGCCGCUAAAAACCUCAACAUCAACAAGAACAUUCGCUCUUUGUCCGAGGAAGUCUUCGCCAAGAACAUCGGCAAUGAUAUGGAGGACGCUGGUCUACGGUGGGAGCCCUAUGUCACUGGGCCUUCAAGCCGUGAUCUCGACUUUGAGAUUAGCUUUACCGAGGCUGGUACUGAUGCCAAGAUUGGGCGCAACGCCAUGGGCCUUACCCAGUCUGUGACGUUCCUCAUCGAGAUGCGUGGCAUAUUCCUCGCCGACCAGGAAUUCCAACGUCGUACAGCUGCCGGCCUCACUAUGGCAGGCAGCAUUAUUCAGACGGCAGCUGACAAUGCCAACAAAGUCUAUGAGACGGUCGAGGGUGGUCGUGCUGCCUUCAUCUCUGGCACGGACGAUAUCAUUCUCACCGACAGCACCACCACCAGGAAUCGCGAAUUCACCAUGGUCGACCACACCACUGGCGAGAUUGUUCAGGUGCCCAUCGAGUUCGUCUCCAACACUCCGGCGCGUGCCAAUCUCACUCGCUCUCGUCCCGAAGCCUACCUCAUACCGGUUGCAUGGGCGGAUCUUGCUGCUCGCCUCGUUGAUGCAGGCCUAGAAGUGGAGACACUUACCGAGUCGUGGACCGGAGCUGUCGAGGCAUUGCAGAUCGAAUCUUCGCAAUUCGAAUCCGGUUACUAUGAGGGCGCCGUCCGUGCCACCGUCACGACUAGCACAAGUGAGAGAGAGCUGACGCUGCCAGCCGGCAGCUUCCGUAUCAGCACUCGGCAGAAGAACGCUGCUCUUGCUUUUGUUGCGUUGGAGCCAGAGAACAUCGACUCCUACGUCAGCUUCAAUGUUGUGCCGGUUGAGAGGGGGGACGAGUACCCUAUAUUUAGGGUUGUGUCAUGA